AUGGACAUAGACAUCCGGAAGAGUAUGAAUCAUUACGCCGAACUAACUGAUAACAAGAAAAGUCGAAUUGAACACCGAAAAGUGGCCAGAGAAGCCUUAGAACUUAAAACAAUGCCAAUCGAAGAAAGAACACCCUCAGAUAUCGAGAAAAAAGCCGAAUUACGCGAUAUCUUAGUUUUAUGCACGGCCGAAAAGAUAAGUAUUCCCAAACUAUUCAGUUUCUUAAAGGAAAGAGGAACCUAUAAAGAAGUCAAUAUCUAUUUUAGGGAGUGCAUUCAUAUCAUUAUAGAUCAGCCCGAUCAAAAGUCUGGAGAUGUCUUUAUUUUCAAGUAUGGAGUGACAGUCUUCUGGGGAAUAGAUAAGGAGACAACAGAAAGUAUCUUAUCACAACAGCAAUUCUUUGAAGAGAAGAGUUACCCCCGUGAGUUAAUGGAAAGAGAAGAUUUCAAGUACGGCAUAGUAGCUGAUUGUGCUUCAAUUGCCAAUGACAUCAUCUAUCUUGAUAAUGAAUCAAUUUACAACAAGAUGAUUAUAUCUAAUGCCAUGUCGCAAAGUGCCAAACUAGAUGUAUUUGAGCGGUAUGUAGAAAGAACAGCCGAACGAAUUAAAGGUCUACCCGAUGAGAUAGUAUCUAAAGGCUUUACAACUCGGAAGAGAGGAGAUAUUGUAAAGAUGAAAGGACUACUACAUCGCUUAAAGUUUAACUUGAAUUUAGUGACUAACAUUUUGGACACACCUGAGAUUCUUUGGUGCUAUCCUAACUAUACAUCUCUCUACGAGACUUUUAAGCUCUACUUAGAGUUGAAAAGUCGGGCGGAAAUUCUUAAUCAUAAGUGUGACGUCAUUCAUGAAAUUCUUAAUUUACUUUCCACCCAUAUCAAUACCAAGUAUGGCGAACGACUAGAAAAGAUCAUUAUUUUCCUUAUCUGUAUCGAAACAGUUGUUUCUUUUGUCCAUUUAGCCCUUUCUUGGUCUCGCUCAUCAUAA